UCCAUCUCGUCUCCCACGAACGAAGCGCCUUUGCACGACACCGCUACCUGUUAUCGACUCGCAACACCAGAGGUGCGCCACACCAACACCGCAUUGACCGCCCAGCAUGCGGCUCCAUUUCCUCACCCUCCUCGCCGCCCUCUGCCCGCUCGCGUUCGCGGACGUACAAGUCACAUCGCCUGCGGCUGGCGCAUCGAUACCGGCCGGUGCAGUCACAAUCACAUGGCAAGACUCGGGUACCGCGCCAGCGCUAUCAUCACUCACGACAUACACCGUGACGCUGAUGGUGGGCGGCAAUGACGGCAAUACUAUGCUUCCGCUUACUACUCUAGCCAACGCCGCAUUGUUCACCUCAGGGAGCAGUAUCACGGCGACUAUCGCGCCGGGAUUGGCAGGUAAUACAGUGAAUGGCUUCUUUCUGCAAUUCGUAUCUGUGGCAACUCAAGGAGGAACCGUGAUCAAUUACUCCAGCCGCUUCUCGCUCACCGGCAUGACGGGCGUCACCCCAGCUGCGCAAGCGAAUGCUGUCACUGCUUUGGGAGGCAGUACAGCCGGUCCAGUGACUGUCAACAAUGUCAACAAUAAUGCAGGGGGUGGUGGUGGUGGUGCGGCGGCAGGCGGUGGUGCGGCAGCCGGCGCAGCCCAAUGGACCGUGCCAUACAACCUCCAGACGGGCUUGACGAAAUAUGCACCCAUGCAGCCGGUGCCGGGAACGAAGAUAACCGUGAAUCAGUUCACGCCUCUAUUCCCGACGAGCGGUUUUACCGUUGCAACAACCUGGAUGGGCCCUGCGACCGUGCAGACAACCAUCACGCAAGCGCAAACUUUCAGUGUCGUUAGCGUUGAAAACACCGCAGCACCUGUUUCGAGUCCAACGGGCGAUAUGGCGAAGUUUUUGGCGAGGUGGAAGGAUUGAUUUAUAGUUUGUCUUCAGUAUACUGUUGGAAGCAUGGUCAUUUGCAUAUACGGUGCUGUUGCAGGUCGGCGUUCCGGAUAUGUACAGCACAGAGCUAUGAUGGGACGGAACUUCAUCAGGCACGGCGGAUAUUAACGCCAACGGUUUUGCGAGGAUGCAUAAUGCUGUGCUACACGUACACCACGAAAGACCAUCUUGACGCUGUGUUGUGCUGAAAGUGCAUUGAGUAAGGUCAGCGUCUGAGCGUAUUCGCUCCUUCCGAUUACAGUCAUGCUUUAGCCCCAGUUGUUCGCCCGCGUAUCUGCAACUUCCUAACCUCGCGCCUACCAAUACCAUGAAUGCACCCAUAGCAAACCCAGAUCUGCCUCCUCCACCGUCUGGCAAGUAUCCAGCGAAAUCGCACGCACGUCGAGUAGCAAAGUGGAUUGCCGGCCAUGGCGGUCCUACGUCCGGCGUUAUCUACCUCGAAGGGCAGUCGACCAAGAUGACGGAGG